AUGGAAGCCUUUAAUCAAGCACUGGAUGACUGUGGUUUAUUUGACCUGGGGAUGAGAGGAAGAAGAUUCACCUGGGAAAAGGGGAGAGGAACAGCCAACUGGGUUGAGGAACGUUUGGACCGGGCUGUGGCCGGAGCUGACUGGUGUGACUUAUUUCCACAUGCAUCAGUCCAUAACCACUGGUGUGACUGGUCGGACCACUCUGCGAUAUUUGUCGAGAUUCAUGGGCUACGGCAAGCUAGGCAACGCCGUAGGUUUUUAUUUGAGAAUGCAUGGCUGGCUGAAGCGGGUUGUAAGGAUAUUGUUCUAAAUGCCUGGAACGUGACUGCAGGUGAUUCUGUCCCCACUCGUCUGUCUUACUGCGGAGAUUCUCUCUAUGUUUGGGGAGGGGAUUUUGCGAAGAAAACUGAAAGGGAAAUUAGACAGUUGCAUGGAAGACUUAAUAUGAUUCGGGACAGACGUGAUGAGCCAUCUCUAGCUGAAGUUCGGCUCUUGGAUACUAAUAUUAGAAACUUGAAUGAUCAACUUAACACUUAUUGGCGGCAACGGGCCAAACAACACUGGUUGUUAGGGGGAGACAGAAAUACGAAAUACUUUCAUGCCUAUGCGUCUGCUAGACGAAAAAAGAAUCUGAUUACUAAACUUAAGGAUGAGUCAAAUCUUUGGGUGGAAGGAAAUCACUUAAUUCCCCUAGCUGCUCGUUAUUUCCAGUCCAUUUUCACGUCUAAAGGAGUUGAUUUAGGGACCAGUUUAGAUUCUUUUACUGCAAAGAUUUCCCAGGAGGAUAAUCACUGCUUAUUACGGGCAUUCACUGUUGAUGAUGUUCGUGAGGCCUUGUUCUCAAUGUCACCUGAUAAAUCACCGGGGCCUGAUGGCUUUAAUCCGGCCUUUUUCCAACACUUCUGGAGCGAAAUUGGCCCCGAUAUCUCAGCCUUUAUCUUGAACCUGUUGACUACUGGAGAUGAUUUCCCGGUUGGAUUUAAUGAUGCUUAUGUUACUCUAAUCCCGAAGAAGAGUAGCCCUACAACAAUGGGGGACUUGCGACCAAUCGCCCUUUGCAACGUCAUCUACAAGGUGUUGUCUAAAAUGCUAGCUAAUCGACUAAAGGAAGUUCUUGACAAGGUAAUCUCCCCAUCUCAAAGUGCUUUCUUACCUGGUCGCCUGAUCACGGAUAACGCUCUAAUCGCUUCGGAGGUUAUUCACUAUCUAAAUCGUAAAAGGCAGGGUAUUGAUGGGUGGUGUGCGCUGAAAUUGGACGUUGCCAAGGCAUAUGACAAGAUGGAAUGGGAGUUUUUACAAGCAAUUAUGUCCAGGAUGGGUUUUGAUGAUCGGUGGACUCAACUUAUUAUGAGGUGUGUGACUACGGCUCGGUAUAAAAUUAAUGUGAAUGGCAUGCUCACCGAUUAUAUUGUUCCUACAUGUGGCCUACGUCAGGGGGACCCGUUGUCACCAUAUCUUUUUAUUUUAUGUGCUGAAGCUCUCUCCCAUUUGCUAUCAGAAUCAGUGGAUAAACGGAUGAUUACACCAUGUAUUGUUGCUAGAGGAGCCCCGGGAAUCUCACACCUCUUCUUUGCCGAUGACAGCUUGCUAUUCUUUAAAGCAACUAUGCAAGAGGCGGUGAAUGUAAAGGAGUGCCUAGUAAGCUAUGAACGCAUGUCGGGACAAGCGGUUAAUUUUAAUAAAUCUUGCAUUCUAUUUAGCCGCAACACUAAUGAUCUCUCGAGGAUUGCAGUUGCUGGAGUAUUCAAUGUGGCACAAGUAAAUAAUAUUGGUAGGUAUCUUGGCUUACCAAUGGGAGUAGGGAGGAAUAAAAAGGAGGUUUUCAGCUACAUUGAGUCCAAAGUCCUGCAACGUCUAAAUGCUUGGAAUAAAAAGGUUCUUUCAAGAGCUGGGAAAGAGAUUCUGCUAAAGACUGUUGCUCAAGCCCUGCCAACUUAUACAAUGAGCAUGUAUCUACUCCCGAGCACUUUUUGUGAACGUCUUGAACGUCUUAUGAAUAAAUUCUGGUGGGUAUCUAAUAAUAAUAAUGGCGGAGGGAUAAGGUGGCUAGCAUGGAAUAAAAUGUGCUACCCAAAAGUACAGGGUGGUUUGGGUUUUAAGGGGUUAAGCAAAUUUAACUUGGCUCUGUUGGCUAAGCAGGGAUGGAGACUUUUAACCCAACCAAGCUCUUUGGCAGCUAGGAUAAUCAAAGCCCGUUAUUAUCCUCAAUCUGAUUUUUUGGAAGCAAAGAUUGGUGCAAACCAGUCGUAUAGUUGGAGGAGUGUGUUGGCUGGCCAGGAAGUUCUUAAACGAGGAUGUGUUCGUCGGAUUGGAAAUGGACUGGAAACUAGUGUUUGGAAGCAGCCUUGGCUGCCAAAUGCGCAGAAUCCUUAUGUUGAAACGCCGGCCAAUAACAAUGAUCAACACAUGAAAGUCAGUGCAUUAAUUGACUCUGACUCCAAUGAAUGGAAUUCUCAGCUUGUCAACUCAGUUUUUUGUCCGAGAGAUGCAGCUCUUAUUCUUAAAAUACCGAUUGCUACUCAGUUCGAGGAUAUGUGGAGCUGGCAGGGAGAUUUGAGAGGCCAGUAUUCAGUGAAGCUUGGCUAUAAACUCCUUGCCGAUCAGAUUGGUUCUAGUAAUUUGAUUCAUCCAUGUUGGAAGAAUAUUUGGCGUGCGAAGGUACCACCUUGCGUGAAAAACUUCCUGUGGCGCUGUCUCCAGGGAGUUAUUCCUACGUUGGUUGCCCUGCAGAGUAGAGGAGUGAAGAUUGAAGUGAUAUGCCCGUUAUGUAGACAAUCACCGGAAACGCUGCAUCACAUAUUAUGUAAAUGUUCCGAGACCAUCCCACUCUGGCAGAACUUAGCAGUCACCUUGCCGGAUCUUUCUGAAGAUUUUGCCGCCUGGUUUAUAGGUUGCUUAUCCAAUCCUGACACUUCCGUUACGCUGAAAUGUAUUGCUAUCUGGUGGAGUAUCUGGCAAGGGAGAAAUGCGGUAGUUUGGAGUCGUAAGGUUCGGCAGCCAGCGCAAGUGCAUGCUAAAGUUGCUCGGCUUCUACAUGAGUGGGCUCAGAUGGCGGAAUUCGAGGUUGGUGGUGUUGACGGACAACCCUCCGAGCAUACGGAUCAAGGCUUGUCUAUUGAUAGUUUGCAUAUCUUCGUAGAUGCCGCUGUUUUCCCAGAAAGUCAUGAGGCUAGCUAUGGAAUUUUUAUUAAAUAUUCAAACGGGGUGUUUUUUGGAGCGGGCCAUGGCCCUAUGAACUGUCUAGAUGAUGCUCACCUCGCGGAAUCUAUGGCGAUUAAGGAAGCUUUGUUGUGGGCUAAGGAUUUGAAUCUUACAAAGGUUAUAGUGUUUUCGGAUUGCCAGACGGUAUGCAAUUUCUUUAAGAGCUCUUUGCCGGACUUUACUUACACGGGUUGUAUUUUGAACAAGUGCCGGGAAAUUCAACGAGACUUUGAUUCUAUGUCUCUUUGUUUUGUGCCUCGAUCACUGAACAUAGUCGCCCAUACCUUAGCUAGGGCUGCUCGUUCGUAUUCUGGUCCUCUUACUUAUUUCAAUUCUACUCCGCAAUGUAUUGAACAUUUGAUUUAA